AUGAAAUUGAACAAUUUUUUGGUUGUUAAAACUGCUAAUCAGAUUCCAGCUGUUGCUGAUAUAAUGAGCUGCAGUAGGUGGGAGCAGCUAAAAUUAGGACUCCAUUUCAGCGAUAACGAAAAUAUAGAUCCAGCUGACAAAUUGCAUAAGAUCAGGCCCUUUUUGGAGUCAUUGGUUGGGAAUUUUCAAAGUAUCCCCAUGAGUGAAAAGUUGUCAGUAGACGAACAGAUGAUUCCUUUCAAGGGAAAACAUAGCUUGAAGAAUUAUGUGAAAAAGAUAUAUACAGGGAAUGUGAAGCAUGACCCUUCCUUGCCUGAUGUUAGUGUGAGUGGAAACGUUCUUCGCUUGGCUUCUGUGAUAUAUAGACACAUGUUUCACAAAUUGUAUUUUCGUAAUUGGUUCACAAGAGUUCGGCUAGUAGUUGAACUAGAAAAAAUGGGUAUUCAGUCUUUAGGAACUGUGAGACGUAAUUGGCUCAAAGGUUGUACAUUCACAUCUGACAAAGAGAUGAAAAAGGGUAGUCGAGGGAGUUAA